AUGAACCCCCGUAGCAGUACCCAAGACUUGAUCCGAUGUGAGUUGUGUGAGAUCGCUGUGGUAGAGAUGCACUGUGAUGCGUGCCUCAUCAAGCUGUGUAAGGCCUGUGUUGGUGAACAUUGUUCCGCCAAUCUUUCAAAAUCUCAUAAAAUUGUUGCCACCAACGUCAAAAAUUCAACUCUUAACAACCUUUACUGCCAAUUUCAUGAAAAUGAACUAUGCGAAAUGUAUUGUAAUCAAUGUACCACUCCAAUAUGCACUGCUUGCAUUUCCUCUGGAAUACACAUUCAGCAUAAUAUUUCCCAAAUACGACGAAUUCUCGAUGACAAAAGAAGACAUCUUAAAAAAGAAAAUGAAUAUAUAAAGCAAAACAUUUAUCCAACCUACCUGGGAAUUUUGUCUGAGGUAAAGCACAAAAUGAGCCAGUUAGAAAAGAAAUAUGGAUAUCUCUCAACAGCUAUAACAAAACAUGGAGAAACAUGGCACAAAAAAAUUGACAUUCUUGUAAACAAGCUAAAAUCUAAGGCCAAUGAAAUGAAAAAAAUACAUUUCGAUGCUUUCAAAAAACAUCAGCAACAUAUUGAAGAAAAAAUGAUUUGUUUUGACCGUACACUUUCUUCACAGGAGAAAAUAUUAGAUUCUAAUGAAAUAUCUCUCCUCCUCGGAUACAAAAGUCAUAUUCCAAAACUGCAAAAACUUCCUGCGAAAAUAAGUGAUCGAAUGCCACAUUUCACACCAUGGAAUUGUGAAGAGGGACAGUUCAUUAAGGUUUUUGGAAAACUUACCACUCUGUUUAUUACUUCAGAUGAACAUGGAUACAAAAUGAAAACACCUCAACAAUCACCAGAAAUUGAUUCCUCUCCUCUAUUCAAAUAUCUACUUGAUAAACCAGAGACUGCCAACCUUAUAAAGACCGAAUAUGGUUAUCUGUACAAUGUAGUUUGUCGGAAUGAUGAAAAAAUCUGGACAAGUGGAAAUGAUAGGGAGAUGAAACUCUUUGGUGUCAAUAAGGGAUCCCUCCUCCAGUCAAUCACAACCACAUCUGGAAAAGAUCCUUAUGAUAUAACACUGACAAAAGGUGGGGAUCUGGUUUUUACUGAUUCUAGGGAUAAAACUGUGAACAUCGUGAGGAAUGGGAAGAUAGACAAGUUGAUCACACUACAGAACUGGAGACCUCUCUGUGUGUGUAGGACCUUUCAUGGCGACCUCCUAGUUACGAUGGACAAUGUUGACAACAAACAUUCAAAAGUCGUCCGUUAUUCAGAUUCCACUGAAAUACAAGCCAUUCAGUUUGACGAUGAAGGUAACCCUCUUUAUUUUCCAAAUGAUAAAUACGUCAGUGAAAACAAGAAUCUGGAUAUCUGUGUAGCUGUUAAUGGAGCGGAAACGGUAGUUGUGGUCGACCAUUCUGGAAAACUGAGGUUCCGGUACAUUGGACAUGAACUUGCUCCAAAGGACAAACCAUUCAGUCCACGAGGAAUCACUACAGACAGUCAGAGUCACAUCCUUACAGCUGAUGAUAAAAAUGACUGUGUCCACAUUAUAGACAAGGAUGGACAGUUCCUCUGUUACAUAGACUGUGGACUGAGUGAUCCCCGGGGACUCUGUACAGAUGCAAAUGACAAUCUAUUUAUUGCUCAGGGCAGAAGCAAGGAAGUGAAAAUAAUAAAAUAUCAAUACUAA